GAGAUUGGAAAGGACUGGAAAACUUAUAUAGAAAAGCUAGAUCAAGAUUACGAUUCUGAGUCUGAAGAUGAAUUAAAAGAUCUCAAAAAUAAAAUAAAAGAUAUUAUAUUUAAUUGUAAACCUGCAAUCAAGAAUCUUGUUACUACUAAUGAUAUGUAA